UUCAAUAAACUGUUUGGAUUCUCGGAUGAUUCUAGUAAAAAUGGAUCAUUAAGCGGAGACCUGCUUGAUAUGUUCGAUCUGGACUCUUUUUCAUCCCCUAAAACUCAAUCACCUGCAAAAUCAAGCCCAUCCAGUUUAUCCAAUCAGAGCCCUAGAACUCAAAAGUCCUCGUCAAGUCUGUCGAUGUCCGGAAGUCGCUCAAUGAUGACAUCAUCGCCUACUUUAGGGGGCUCCAUUGGUGGUACGCCCAUGGUCGGUGCUAAAAAUAACGGGUCAACGUCCGGGAGCACGGGUUCCAAACAAGUAGGAUCAAGCACUUUUGGCUCAAUGCCGUCGAAUCUAACUGGAAUGGGCUCAUUAUCAGGAACUAAUAUGGGCUCUGGAAAGCAUAGUAAUAUGGGCCCUGGGAACUAUUCCARUAUGGGCUCAACGAGUCACAGCAAUAUGGGUCCAGGAACCUAUAAUAAUAUGAGCUCGGCGAGCUAUAACAAUAUGGGCCCGGGGUCCAUGAGCUCUAGUUCAAUGAAUUCAAGAGGUAUGGGAGCUCCUUCAGGUACUUGGUCUAUGGCAGGAGCUGGGGGAAUGGGAACUACUACGUCACAAAGCUUCGGCGCAAUGUCUUCUGGGCAUAGUAUGUGGAAUCCUUCGAGUACAACUAGUAGGACUGAUCAGAACAAAAGUGCUAGUGCAUUAGAUUCGCUAUAUUCGCCCGAGAUGAGUCAUCUACAGAACAAGAAUAAGCCCUCGUUGAGUGUUCUACAGGCCCAAAAACAAAGCUCUGUGGCACCCCAGAUGAAUACUGGAAUGGGAAUGAUGGGAGCUCGACUGCCCUACGCCACAGCACCUAUGACGUCAGCAGGAAUGUUACCAAUGCAAUCACAAAGCAUGAUGGGUAACAACCCAAGAUCUCCAAACCAAUAUCAAGCCCCGUCCUCACAACCUGGAAUUGGCUCCUCAAAUGACUUGAAAGACAUAUUUGGCUAAUUUAUAUAUAUAUAGGUUUACAAAUGACAGUCCACAAGUUGGGAAUGGAGGCUUUGCAUCAUCACGUGAUGGCAGCCAUGACAGGAGGCAGGAACAAUUGAAUCUGGUCUAAUCUGAUUUACAUAUAAAGAAUUGAUAUAAAAGACUCCAUUGUUGUGCCUCCUGUCAUGGCUGCCAUCAUGGAUGGUGCAAAGCCUCUAUAGUAGGGUAGUGGAUAGCCUCGUUUCCAGGGCCCACUCUCCCCUUCUCCGGAGAUUGGGCCCUGGCACUAAACGAGGUUGGGAGUGUGAAGGGUUCUUAAACCGCCACAGUUUAGCCUUAUGAAGUCAACAUAGUUAUAGGCUAGUAUAACUGAUAGGCAGAAACACAUAUAUUAUCGCCACCGGGGUAGGGUGGGGUCAGUCUCCAAAAAUUUAAACAGUGGGGUUGUGUGAGAUAACAGGAGCUGAAGUGUCAAUAGAGAAAUUAUAUGAAAUCAUUGUCGGUUUAUUUAAUAGCAUAGUAGUAUUAGAUUAUCAUUAGAUUCUUAUUAUUUUAUUACCUUAAGCAAGACUCAAACGAGAUUGAUCUUAAUCCUAUGGUCAAUACAACCCUAUCAGUGACAAAAAUUGUGCAGCUACGUUUACUAUCAGUCAUUCUGAUUAACAGCACGCAAUCUCGUACCAAGAGCCUUAUUUCUUACUGCGCAUGCGCGAUUCGCCAUUAUUUCUUACUGCGCAUACUCGAAGGGCUCUGUGUACAAAAUUGAAUAGCACUAGAAUCUUACAAUAGAGGUUUUACACCACCAUGUGACGGCAGCCAUGUUAGAUGGCAGGAACAAUACAAUCGUUUUACAUGAGAAAGAAUUCAAUUCCCAAGAGCAUAGGGAUUUUAUUGUUCUGCCAUCUAACCACAGGCAGCCCAAGCUGGAUUAUGGCGCCGGCGCGUGAUGGUGCAAAACCUCUAUUUGUUUUCCUGACAAAAUAGAAUAAAUAAAAUAAAUAAAUAAAGGGCACGUGCCUAUGGAUUGUCAUGGAAACACCUUGAUUGACGUGCACCAAAAUCUACUCCGUCGAGACGGCGAUUUCGUCAGGAAACUAAUUGUCAUGCAAACAAACCUACUAACAGAAAAUAAAUAAAAAUGAAACGAAUGAAUAACAAAA